CGCGCAGGUCAGGUACUCUGCCGCCGGGGACACUGACGAACGAGGAGAUAAGGCGCCAGGCGCGCAAGAUGCAGCGUGCCUCGACGGUCCGCCACUCGCCUUCGGUUCAGACUGUGUUCGGCCGUCGUGCAGCUCAUAUCCAGCUGUACGACGAGGAGAUCGAGUACGAGCCACCCACGGACCCGCAAGCUGCAGACGAGAUGGAGGUUGAGGCAUGGACGGACCCGGAGGACUUGGAGCAGGGAGGCAGUGACACACCUGACGCUGCUGAGGACUCAGGUCGGGAGAGUGAUCAUGGGGCUGGCAGUGAGAUGCGGUCGCAGGAUCGGCAUAGCCAUUGUGAGCCCGCUGGCCUGAGCCUGCCCUUGACGAGGGCGAAGACUGCGGCUGAGAGAGGGCGCAAGCAGUCACAGGUUGCGCGAUCAUCGAGCAAGGACGACAGAGAUGAUGACGGAGAUGUCGCCGACGAUGAGGACUCCGACGACGAGUAUAUGGUUGAUGGAGAGCAUCCAGAUCCUGCGGACGAGCACGGGUUCGAUGGCGGCGACGACGGUGGGCCCUAUGACGACGGGGCGAGCGGCGCGUGCCUGGUUACUCCUGGCCCCAGUGUGGUAGGCGGGCGCGUUGGCAGCGUGCAGGGAUGUGGUUUGGAUGUGCCGCAGGGAUCGAUUCCCUCUAUUAUAUUCAGGGACGACUUCGACAUUGGAGGUCCACCCACUUCAGAUUCCAGGCACGGCGGGGUGCGUGAUCGGACACCGGCGAGCGAUAUUGCACACCACAUAGGGUCAGUUUUCGGUGGUGCGAGUUCGGGGAUGUUGACAGAGGCUGCUACAGCGACAGGCGAGCGAGAGGAGGGCACACUUGGUGACGACGUUAUGCCUGCUCGAGACGUUGCCAGGAGGCUAGACAUGGACCCCGAGGACGUGAUUGAGGAGGAGCGGUUGACACGGAUGGUGUCGGGGUGUGCCACGAUACAGCGGCUUGGGUUGGAGCAGGAUAGGACCAGGGCGAGGGAGAUAGGGUGUAUUGUGGAGGAGGUCACUGUCGCCAGAUUGGCAGAAGAGUGUGCACACGGUCGUUAUGCAAAUGAUGCAGAUGGUGGAGUACUCCACGUGGGGGGACAGGAGGUCGAUCGUGCAGACGGGGACGAGGAGGACACGAGGAUAGGGUUGGGUGACACACCUGGUCACAGCGACACGCGACUCCCCACUGGUGAUGAGGAGGAUGGGGGCGAGGAUGUGGCUACGACAGAUGCAGGGGGGUUGCUUGGGUGUGAUCGCACGGAGUUGGAGGGGCAGGCAGAUAGAGUACUUGUUGGCGUUGCCGAAAUGGAGGAUGUGGUUGCAGAUUGCAACAAGGAUGUGGUUGUAGAUCACACUGAGGAUGGUCCUGUCGCGGUGGAUGAUGUGGUUGCUCAUCGCAUUGAGGAGGACCGACAGGUGGAUGGGGCAGUUGUCGCUGCCCCCGUUGAGGCACGCAUGCCCACCAUGUCCCCGCUCGAGCGCCACACUGUCGGGAUUGAUCCAGUGAUGGGCAGGAGCAGGCAUAUAUCGAAGAGGCUUUGGAAUGUUGUGCCUUCUUUUGCUUUUGUGCCUGUUAGUCCACCAGCACCCUCUGGGGUAUCGGGGGAUAUUGGGAGGUCCAUGGAGAUGGCCGACCUGUUCGAGCAAUUGACAGGGGCGCUGAGUGGACGAGGAGGUGAGUCUGGUGGCAGUGUUGUUGGCGGGGGAGGUGAUCGUACAGUUGUCGGUGGUCGGUCGUGCCUUUCAGGUGGGAGUGUUGGUGGGGGAAAGGCUUCUGCAGCAGCGGCGACGGCAGGAGGGCGCGGGCAUGUGCAGGGUUCUCCAUCACCUUCAUCGAAGCAGAAGGGGAAGUCCGUAUCGUGGCGCGGCAUCAACAGGGUCACCCGCAAACUCAAGGAUUCUAUGCCUGGGGUUACGGGUGAGAGGAGGGAUCGUGAAGGGAGGUUGCCAGAGAUGUUUGCGGAUGCAGCAGGCUGGGUACGGAAGGGAGAUAGGUUGGAGCAUCCUGGUGCCAGGUCGUCGUGCGUUGCAGAGCGACGGGGCAACACGAUGGUUGCACCGCCGUCACAACCGCCCACAGCAGGUGCGGCACAUCGCGAUGGUCAUCGACGUCCGAAAGGGCGACCGUCCACACGUGCUUUGUCGGCUGCCCGACUUCCCCCCUCAUUGCUUGAUGAUGCCCCUGAUCCCGCGACAUUGCAGAGCAGCCGUGGGGCUUGUCUGUCAACUGCACACAGGAUACUCGGGGAGGAGCCGCGACGUCAGACAACGACAGGACCGGGCAGUCGUCGAGCUGCUGGGGGCUGCACGGAGGAUUCCACGACAGAUAAGGUGCCCAUGCCUAAGGGUAGGAAGACGUAUACAACCCUGACUGACAUUUUGGGACGUUUUGCUGCACAUGGUGCAGAGAGAGAGGCAGAGAGGAUGGCAGCCGGAGCAGGUGGCAGUCACGCGUUGUCUGCGUCACAGCAUUCAGGGGAGGGAGACGAGACGGCGGCGACGGUGCCACACAGGCGGCGAGAGCGCAUCAUCAACAACGACGACACAAACGACGGGAAGUCCGAUGCGCCAUAGACUCGGACUUCGCUGUCGCGCCGAUGAUGUUUUUCAACAGUUUUGUAUGUCUUUCUUCAUUUAGUGUUUUAGAGGU